CAUUCGGUGAAGUGUGUCCCUUGAUAAAAAGUGAGAGAGAGAUCUAGUGAAUGUAUAUGUAUGUGUCUCUGUUUCGUUUAUAUUAACAUGUCAGAACACUUUCCCUUUCACUUCGUUUCAAUAGAAAUUUAAUUAAUGUAUAUUUCUAGAUAGGUAGAUAGAUAGUGUUUAGGUUAAAUUUAUCAUUCAAAUUAUUGGUUUAUUUUGAAAAAGUAUUAUUUAGGCUAUUUUUUUAUUUUUAGUUCAAAAAAAAAACAAUAACAUUGCAGAAAGAACAAGGCAAAUAAGGUCGUACAGUUCAAGGUAUGUACAACAGAUAACAACAACAACAACAAAAAGAACAUAAAACGAACAUAUACAUAUAAUAAUAAUAAUAAAAGAUAAAAGGGUGCUAUAUGAGAAAGUGUUGUUCUUGGUCGAAAGUUAUUUUGCGCAUGUCUGUUUCACACGCGCAUUGCUAUGGUAACGGUAAACAGUCUUAAACUGAAGCUUUUUCUGUGGCGUUGUUCCCUCUUCUCUGGUCAUUAUUCUCUAGUUCAUCAUGUCCGACGUUGGCUCUGAAGAGUUUGACGAAGAGCAAGGCUCUCUGGGGGAGUAUGAGGGAGACCGAAAUGAAGCUGGAGAGAGACAUGGACUGGGCAAAGCUGUCCUGCCGAAUGGAGACACUUACCAAGGAGCUUAUGAAAACGGCAAGAGAUGUGGCCAGGGGACAUAUAAGUUCAAGAAAGGGGCCAGAUACAUUGGAGAAUGGUACAUGAAUUUAAAACAUGGACAGGGUAUAUUUUAUUACCCAGAUGGCUCCAAAUAUGACGGAAGCUGGGUGGAUGACCAGCGGCAGGGUCAUGGUGUUUACACAUACCCCAAUGGAGACACUUAUGAUGGUGAAUGGCUGCACCAUCAAAGACAUGGGCAGGGUUCAUACACACAUCACGAAACUGGGUCUCAGUACAUGGGCACAUGGGUCAUGGGAAAGAUGGAGUCCACCGGGGAGCUGAUCCAUCCGAACCACAGAUAUCAGGGCAACUUUGUCAAUAAUAAUCCCUCUGGUCCAGGGAAGUAUGUGUUUGACAUGGGGUGUGAGCAGCAUGGAGAGUAUUUCCAGUUAGAGCCGGAUAAAGGAGAAGCAGAUGAAGAUGAGACUCUCAUAACCAUCUCCUUAAAGUGGAAACCCAAGGCAGUUACUGGGCUUUCUGUUUGGACCAAUGAGAAGGAUUCUGCCACCUCAGAUCAAGCCGUAGUGGAAAAGUGAGAAAGGCAUACAGACAGUGAGAAACACAGAACACCGAAAGAUGAUAAAGAAAAAGAGGACCUCCGGUUUAGCGACAAUGGGAUAAUGGGAUCCUGUAUCAGCUUAAGAGUUUCUGACUGUACAUUAUCAUGCUUAUUACAUGGCUUCUUGACAAAUAAAUAAAUGGACAUGAA